UCGGUCAUGGGUGCCGCGGGAGCCGUGCUAGCCCGGAGGGGGAGGGGGGAGAUGUGAGGGUGUCCUCUCUCACCCCCACCCCCACCCCCGGUAUUUUCUUUGCAAAGGGUGCUUUCCCUCUCCUGCCGAUCAAACCCUCACCACCUCUGCUUUGAUAAGCAGCUUGAUUUCCUCUCUGCACCGGGCAGCGAAAGAUUUUUUAUUUUUAUUUUUUUGCCAUUUCUCUCUCCCUCCCCCGUGAGGGUGGGGCGUCCCAGGAAAAGUGAGGUGUCUCUCUUUCUCUCUCUUCUCCCUCCCUCAUUCUCCCCCCCUCCAUCACUACUCUUUUGCCCCGUUUCACCAGCUAUCACCUCUUCCUUAUUAAGACCUCUGAAUGUGCGUUUCUCUAGAGUUACAAGCAUCCACCAGUCCUCUCCAGCCCGGGAAGAAUUUAAUCCUCGAAGUCAGCCACCAACUAACCCCAGCUGAAGAUAAAGAGGGUGGGGGCUGCACAAAAAGGACACGAUUACCCUCCCCCCCCUUCUUAGCCCCUUUUUCAUCGGGGGACGGCGCCAGCUGGGACCAAAACACGAGCUUGCUUCCCCUUAAGAUGCCAACCCCAUUGAUGAAAGCACCCGAGAGAUGAUCAAACGCUGAAAGGACGGAAGAUUGCACUAUUUUGACCACCUUCGACUUCCAUAAAUACAUUUUUUUAAAAAAACAAACUUGGUGGGACCUUUAAAAAAAAAGCGCCCACUCUUCCUUGCCCCCACUUCGCUUCCGUUGGCAUCAAUCCGCUCCUCCGCCCUGACCAAUUUCGUUUGGGUGAUGGAUGAAUUCCAUCCUUUCAUUGAGGCCCUCCUCCCUCAUGUUCGGGCCUUCGCCUACACCUGGUUCAACCUCCAAGCCCGGAAGCGCAAGUACUUCAAGAAACACGAGAAACGGAUGACGAAAGACGAGGAGCGAGCUGUCAAAGACGAGCUGCUCAAUGAGAAGCCAGAAGUGAAGCAGAAGUGGGCUUCGCGCUUGCUGGCCAAGCUGCGCAAGGACAUCCGGCCCGAAUACCGGGAGGACUUUGUGCUCUCCAUCACGGGGAAGAAGCCCUCAUGCUGCGUCCUCUCCAACCCUGAUCAGAAGGGAAAAAUGCGUCGAAUCGACUGUCUCCGCCAGGCUGACAAAGUCUGGCGUCUCGACCUCGUCAUGGUGAUCCUCUUCAAAGGAAUCCCCCUGGAGAGCACCGAUGGGGAACGCCUUGUGAAGGCCGCACAGUGCACCAACCCUGUCCUCUGUGUCCAGCCACACCACAUCAGUGUCUCGGUCAAGGAGCUUGACCUCUACCUGGCAUAUUUUGUCCGUGAGAGAGAUUCAGAUCAAAGCAGCAGUCCCAGGACGGGAAUCGGUUCUGACCAGGAGGAUAGUAAACCCAUAAUCACGCUGGAUGCAGCAGAUUACCAAGAGAAUUUUGUUACGUCAGGUGUAUUCAGUGUCACAGAACUUAUUCAAGUUUCCCGGACACCAGUGGUGACAGGCACAGGUCCAAAUUUCUCUUUGGGAGAGUUGCAAGGGCACUUAGCGUACGACCUGAAUCCCUCGAGUACAGGGAUGAGGCGGACGCUCCCCAGCACUUCCUCCAGUGGGAGUAAACGGCAUAAGUCAGGCUCCAUGGAGGAUGAUCUGGAUACCAGCCCUGGGGGCGAAUACUAUGCCUCCCCUAGCUCCCCCACAAGUAGCAGCCGCAACUGGACGGAGGACAUGGAAGGGAGCAUCUCUCCAACUGUGAAAAAGACAGAAAUGGACAAGUCUCCCUUCAACAGCCCAUCUCCGCAAGACACUUCACCCCGGCUGUUCACUCAGCAUCACCGUCCUGUCAUUGCCGUACACAGUGGUAUCUCUCGAAGUCCCCACCCCUCCUCUGCGCUGCACUUUCCCACCACCUCGAUCCUGCCCCAGGGGGCCUCCACCUACUUCCCGCACACAGCCAUAAGGUACCCGCCUCAUCUGAAUCCACAGGACCCUCUGAAAGACCUCGUCUCAUUGGCUUGUGACCCAUCCAAUCAACAACCGGGACCGUUAAAUGGAGGUGGUCAAGUGAAGGUACCCGGGCAUUACCUUUCUACCCAGAUGUUGGCGCCGCCACCCCCAGGUAUGCCCCGCCUGGCAAUCUCACCUGACACCAAAUCUACCACGACAACUUCCGAGGGAGGGACCACCUCGCCGACGUCUCCCACCUACUCCACCCCAGGCACACCCCCUGCGAACCGCUUCGUGGGAUUAGGACCACGGGAUCCUGGCAGCAUCUAUCAGGCACAGUCCUGGUAUCUAGGCUAGUUGCAGCUUCCAUCUGCAUCAUCAUCAUCAUCAUCAUCUUCUUCUUCCUUUCCUCCCCCGGGCUUUGGGCUUCCUUUGAGGAGAACAGUGCAGCCCUCCCACGCUUGGCCCAAACCUUGGGGGCAGCAUGGAGAGAGAGAGAGAGAGAAAGAAAGGAAAAAAAGAAAGAAAGAGCACGAAUUAACAUCAACAUCAUGAAGAGACAUCACAGAAGGACACAAGGAAGGGAAGGGGAAAAGCUCAAACUUCUUUUUAAAAGAUUAAAAAAAAACAAAAAAACAGAAAAAGACCCUGCUUUCCAGCCAUCCCGACUGCGACUUUCCUGAAAUGAGCAAAAUUCAAGCAGGCAGCUCUCCCAGGGGAGGCCUUUUGGCCAGAAGCACUACGCGCCUUUUGGAGGGCCUGGUUUUCCCCAUCCUUCCUGCCAGUCCCUGGCCAGCUGGAAUUCCUGUCUGUCUCAUGCUCAAAAGGGAUGUAUAUGCAAAAGUUUCUGAUUAUCUUCUCCAUCUCUUGUGAGUAAAAAAUAAUAAUAAUAAUCUGGCCUGCUGCAGAACCCUCCCUUCUUCUUUUUUUUCUACGCUCAACACCCUCCCUGCUUCUCCUCCUUUGGGAAUGGGGUCAGCGUGACCAAGAGACUGCACUACAAGCCAUCUAGACUGGUCAAGCAGCUGAAGACGGGCCAAGGUCAAGAUGCAACGUGAGCUAAUUUCCCCCUUCAAGAGAAAGAGAGAGAGAGAGAGGGAGGAAAAAGUUCAAAUGCUGAGCACCUUUUUUCAGUGUAUCGAAUUUGUCCUCCUCUCCCCCCCACCCCGGAAAUCUCUGUGUUGCUUUCAGAUGGGGGCUUGCUGGUCUCCAGCACUUACUGACGGUGGUGUGAGCAGGACUUCUCUGGUGGAGAAGAAGGGGACACGUGGCUUGUUUUCUGCACUCCUCUCCCAGAAUGCUUUGCGCUUUAAUGUCAAAAGACAUCCCCCCCUUUUUUUUUGAAUGGGUUUGAGUGCCAAUGGUGUGGGGCGGGGAAAGGGAAGGAGGCGGGUUGGUUUGACGGAGUCUGUUAUUGUGGGAGAAGGGAACAGAUGCAAGCCACUUAAAUUUAACUUUGUUGUCGACUUAGUGCAAUCCUGAACCAGAUGGUUUGGAAUGGUGGCGGGUUUUGAUUUUUGUCUGGGGGCGGGGAGACAUUGGAACUCGGCUGUGAAUGUUGAAACCACGCAUGUGUCGUUGGGUUGGGCUGGAAUGAACUCUGGGGGGAAGGGGGGGCAUUUCUUCAAGGGUGGGGUGAGGAAAGAAUUUGCUACUACACUGUGUUUCAACAGCAACCCCCAACUCCCCUUGCUGCAACUCUGCCAUGACCAUAGGUCUGUCUAACCCUUGCCUUAAAGUUGGACCAAGGCUGAGAGAUGGGCUCUUUCUCCUCAGCCUGUAUGGACUUUUGUCAGCCUGUUCUCUUAUGGGAAGGAAUUGCUCUUGGAGGUGGAGUGGGGACAUGCAGGUUCUCUUCAAGGUGGCUUCCGCCCAGCUUUAACAUCCUUUCUUCAAAAAGCGGGCAGCCAGUCCGAUGAACACCAGCAGGGACAUGUGCGACUUGUUGAAUCUCUGAUUUGGGGGGGGGGGGACAGGAAGACAUUGAGUGGGAGGGAGGGUGUCAGUGGAUCAGCAGGGCUUCGCUUUCUCUCUCCCUCCUGAGCUUCCAACUUUGUGUACAAAGAGCUAUGCAUGCCCUUGUAGACCAGCUUCGAGAUGAUUUUGAUGACUGCUAAUAUGGAUUGCACAUUUUUUUUGGUAAGAAAUGCACUUUUGAAGAGGAGGGAGAGGAGAAAAGCAACAGGAGAGUGGAGGGAUAAGGAAGGUAAAUCUAGAGUGUAUCUGUAAUUUGUGUGGAGAGGAUCAGCGUCCAAUCCACUGUGACGGGAUGGUGCAAAGUGGGGCCUUACGCAGACACCUUUCAGAACGUGAGGAAAUAAAAAACACAGAUUCGGUAGGAGCAGAGAAGGGGAGAUGCCCCUUUCCACCAUUGCCCCUUCAUAGAGAACUCUAUCUCUUCUUGCCCCUACCCCACCAGAAUGCAAGCCCCAAGGUGGAGCCUAGAAGCCAUCUAGGACUGGUUCAAGUGCCUACAUUUUAAUGCUCCAGUCCUUUUGCUGAGUUAUAGAAAGCGGCAUUUGUAAUGGAGACUCUCCCCCCCUCCCCCGGGGCAGGGGCAGGCUGAGCAACGGCACUCCAUCCAAUUCACUUUGAAACGAAACCCACCCAUCCCCAUCCUUCCUUCCUAGCAGACACCAAAGCUUUACAGGCCACGGAUCAGACUUCCUUGAAUUCAGCCAAGAUUGGGGUGCCAGAGAGUGGCUCCAAGUCCUUUGUGAGAGCCAGGUGGACAGCUGAUGAACUGGUCAAUCCAUGUUGGCUUCCGGACAAUCUUCCUCCGAAGGCUGGUGCCAUCCGCCAUGAUUCUAAAAGCAUUUGUAAUGUUUCCUCCUCCGUGUGCCAAACUGUCAAGAUUUCAGAGGAAUCUCAUUGAGGCAAAGGAAUCUAUCCCAGAUGACAUCCUGGAGUGAAUUUGAAUUGGAAAGCAGAAUGAGAUCAAUGAGUUGCAAGGGACAGUUCAUCGGAAAACCCAAGAAAACAUCAGUAUCUUCACAUGAGAUGCUUCAGCCACAGACAAAUGGAUUUGUAGAGCUAACCUAGCCAUACCUUGGCCUAAGUCACAGGGGUGAAAAACUAUGGCCCAUUUAUGACUUGUGGACUUCAACUCCCAGAAUUCCUGAGCCAGCCAUGCUGGUUCAGGAAUUCUGGGAGUUGAAGUCCACAAGUCAUAAAGAGGCUAUAGUUCCCCACCUCUGGCCUAAGUCAGUGGCCAACGUUUACUCCUUAGAAAAUGGUGAGAACUUAGUAUAUAUCACUAAUGGAGUGACUAUCCAGCAGACUUCAAUUAGUUAAAUGAUGGUUCUUUUUUUCCAGGGAAUUUGCAGGAAUUGUAGUCCUCUGAGGGAUUUUUAAUGGAAUUCUUCUCCCCUCGUACUACAUGUCCCAGGAUUCUUUGAGAGAGUAUUCACAUCUUUGUUUUUAGUUACCUUUGUACUGUGUCUAUGAGAAAAGAAGAAAACAUUUCAAUCUUCUCCAGGAUGGAAAGAUGACAAAAAUUUGGACAACCAACACUAAUCUUCAGUUCUUUGCACCUUGAUACAUUUCUCUGAACUUCCAAGAGAAAUGCAUAUCCUAUUCCAUGUAUGUGAACAAAUAUUCCCAAUAUACAAGUAUAAAUUUCUUUCCUAACUUUCAGAGUGAACCUGUUGCCGUGUACAAAGGACAUCUAGGAUCGGAUGACUUUUAUUUUUAUUUUUUUUAUUUUUUUCUGGUAUGGGAGAAGUAGUUUUUUCUUCUUCUUCUGUGUCCCAACAGGCUCAAGAUGUUCCAGAUUUUUCCAAUGAUGUCCAGAGGAACACAUGUAAUUGAUUUAAAAAAAAAAAAACAGAAGAAACUAUAGCACCCCCUUCCUCUUUUACUGUAGCAUUUGCCCUGGGUUUUGGCAGAAACCAACGACUCCUACGGCUUUAUAGGCCUCUCUCAGGUGAAUUUCUGUUCCAGAAACUUCCGUCUUCAGUACAGCAUUGUAGUCGAAAAGCUCCAGCCUCUGUGCUCUCCUGUCUCCUUCGUGCGUCGUAACCUUUAUGCAGUUUGGCUCCAGUGCCGACUUGGUACCCAUCUGGGCCUUGCGUUCGCAUCUGUAAAAUUUCCUUCUGACCUGCUCCCUUGGACUAAGGAUAGCGAAAGACUUUUCGAGGUACCCCUCCCCCUUGAACCUGGCAUCACUAGUUUCCAGCGGCAUUUGUUUACAUCUCUGCACCUUUAUAAUAAACGAUGAUGCCAUGUUUCAACCCAUAAGCGGGAACUGGGCAGAAGAAAUGAAUACCCAUUGCAGGCCCUCUAUCUGAGGAAGCCCUCGUCAGAUGUCUCCGAGCUAGGACUGUAUCACGGAGACAGUGAGGGGCUUCGUAAGGGAAGCUGAUCAGGUUUUUUUUUUUUAAAGUGAAACUAAAAGAAGAAAAAAAUCUGCAAUUGAUGAAGAGGCAAUGUUCUAAGGAAAAAAAAGAAAGAUUUAACCCUUACAAUAUAGAAUGCAUGGUGCUUUUAAACAGGAAUUCAUGUGACCUAGCUCAACCAAUCAGCUGGCUGAGAAUGUGCAUGGCAAUUAUACAUAAAGGCUCUUUCCCUCCACCCCCGACCCCCUCUCUUCCCCUUCUUUUUCCCUUUAGUCCACAUCUAUGAUGAGGGACAAAAGUAAGAGAAAAGAAAAGAAAAAAAUAUUACAUUUUUUCCUAAUUUGCACGAGACAAAGAAAAUACGUUUUAUACCACAUAAUGUGCCUUGCCUUCUUAAAAAAAAAAAAA